AUGCCACCAGUCAGAGGAGAUGGAAAGAGAAUUGUCGAGGAAAAGGGGCACAGUGUUGGUUUGAUCUUGGUGGGAGCCAUCGAUCCCGUCAUUGUUUUCUUCCUGCACCUCGGACUGCAUAUAUGCAACUCCAGGUUUCCGCAGUUGACAACUAAUGCGUCGUGGUCUUCCUCCGCUACCCUUCUCUCGACUGUCACUUGCUACCGCCCGCUUAUAGGGCGGGUUGCAAAUCAUGUCAAAUCGCAAGGAACCGAGACCACCAUGGAUAUCGCUCCUUUUGUAUCUGCUUGCACCAUCAUGAUAUAUGCUUUCCCUUGGAUCACAAAACCCCCCAUUCCGGCUUUGCAGACGGACGGUGUCGCCAAGAGAGUGGCGCGUCCAGUUUGGCCAAGACUUAGACCAGUGACGGAGGAAGCCAUUUUCUUACUUCUUGUGCGACGUGCGGCUCUUUCAGAAGGAGAGGGUGCAUCGUCGGCGGUUGUGGGUGGACCAUCGACAGCAGAACCUGUACCUCGUCGCAAAGUCCUUUGUCGUUUUGUGACGGGCUUCAUUUGCAGCUCCCAGUUGUCAUCUGCUGAUUCCGAAGGGAGUUUAAAGAAACGUCGAACGUGUCGUGUUCGGGAAAUCAACAGUGAUAUUCGAGAGCGCGAAUCUGGCGGCUGGCUUAACAGACCAGAUAUUGUGCCGGGAUCACAUGAUCGUGGUCUCCUCGUGACUGGCGCCGUUAACUGUCGCCGUUAUGUCCCUGAAUUUGAAUCCUGUCAGUCUACGCCAUCCACCCCACCAUCUCUCGCCUCUUUUCCCUCGUAUAACGCUAUGCCGGAACGCCUUCCUCUCGAAUUCCUCAAAUCUACUGCCUCAUCGCCGUAUCUUCUGGCGUCUCAACCGCUUAUACAGUCCACAUCGUUUGCUCGAGAACUUGAUGGGCUGGAAUAUGCCUGGGGUCUUCAGCGCGGUGAUAUCAACGUGUAUUUUGGGACGGACGAUAACACUUUGCAGUUGGAUUCUUCUUUGCUCGAUUCGUUCAAAGAGUCUCAUUGGCUCUUGGCUCCAACAGGAGAAACCCUUGACCGUACCGUCGACUGCUACGAUCGCAACCUCAAGAGGAGUGCUCCUAACCGCAUAUCUUUCUAUGAGGUGUGCCCUCUUGCAAAUGAAUAUGAAUACACCAUAAUACCUCUUUGUCUGAGUGGCCCGAUAUUCGGCAAAUCUGCCUCUGGUGAAAGUGUCUCCUUCGCCGACCCAUUCAAUGAUCUCAUGGUGACAUCAAGAGCCAACCCAUUCUUCGUGGCAGCACUUGCUGCUCGCUACAGCGGAUAUGAAAUAGAAGCACCCAUCUAUUUAACUGUAGCAUUAAAACUCCUACGAUUAUUUCGCGGAGCAUAUGCUCUGGUGCCACUAAAGUUCUAUGAAGGGAGCCGGCCGGGAGACUUUGGUCGAGAGUUGCCGGAAAGUUACUGCGAUUUACCACUGUUUGCUUCAGAGAGAUCGAAUUCCCGCGUUCUCGCACUCACUACAUCCUCUGUGUCCUCUUCCUCUGAAUGUACCAGACCUUUCAAAUGCAGAAAAGAGGAUCUGUCUGAAGAAGAAGAUGAGGAUCAGCAUCAAGAGCGUAAUUCUGCGAAUGUAUUCAAGUGGAUGCAGGAUACAAAACCAUCAGAAUUUGUAUUUGAUACUGGAAACGACAAGGAGAUUGGAAGUUACGCUCUUGAGACGCCUCGGAAACUUGUGGGAAAUUUUCCGACAGAUGCAGAUGCGAUGUGGCGAGAUCUAGUAGAGGAGAAAGGGACUGCCGGUGGUUUACAUGUAUUGAAACACAAACGGUCACCUGUUCAGUUAUUGUCAUGA